GGAACACAGCACUAGGGAAGGAUGGGCGUCCUUUCCCCAAACUGUAGGCCUAGAGUUGUGUGCGCAGGUUCUCUUGUGUUCCCUUUCACUGUAGCAUGGAAGGGGACCCCAGGAAACUCAGCUAUUUGGGCAGAAGCUGGUCAUGGGGUAAGGCCCAUGUGCUUGCUCACAGCCCUCUCAGUUUGUGCGUUCACCCCCUCACACUUGUCCAGGCUGGUCAGCUGUUCUGUCUAGGUGCUGCUAAAGGGUCAUCUUCCAGAGUCCCCACGUCCCCACUCAGGAGAACUGGCGCUUGCCACCCUGUGCUCAGGCAGUACCUGUGGACAGCCCUGGAGGCAGGGAGAAAGCAUGAUGCAGGACCCAUAUGGAAGAAAGGGAGGUCCAAGAGAGUCUUCGGUUAGGGAGGUGGAGUCAUGGAUAUUGGAAGCUGUUGGAAACAGCAGCUUGCAUUCCCGAGAAAGGCGCCAGUUCAAUACCACCUAGAAGUGCUGAGCACAGGAACCCAACUUUUGGAAAGGCCAGUUUCCAGCACUCACCUGAGGUUUACUCUCUCUGAUCCUGUGACCACUUUUGACCAUGUUCCUUUCUGGAGUUUCUGAGUAGCUGCUUGAGAUGGACCAGAAGGCAGGAUAUGUAAGGCAUCCUCCAUCUUGUCUGGUGCCUGGCUCAGCCCAGCUUUGGGGAGUUCACUGCCUUCCAGGCCCCAUUUUCCCAGUGUGUAUAGUGAGAAUGAAGCCUCUGUCUCAUCUGAGCAUUGAGAGGGAGCAUCCUAUGUUGAAGCAUCGGCUGGCUGGUUUCACAAUCUCGAGUCUGUUCAGGUCUUCAGAUCUGAAGGUCCAGGCCUUUGAGUCUUCUUACUUCAAGGAGCCUUGCCCUUGCCUGCGUUCUAGAUACAGAAGGCCCUCCACUUGGAGCAGGGGUCAGGUGUAUGUCUGCUGUGACUGUCAUUUGUAAAGAGGGAAGUAAGAGUCCCUCAGAGAUCAAGACUCGCCUGACAGUCAAGAGCUGGGCCUUUCUGCACUGGCUGGAACUUGGCUGGCCUCAAACACAUAUAUCUGCCUGCUUCUGCCUCCUGAGUGUUAAGACUAAGGGUGUGCAUCUGUGUACCUGGCUCAAAUGUAUAUAUAUUUCUUUCAGGACAGAGUGACAGUAUGUAACUCUGGCUGUCCUGGAACUCACUGUGUAGAUCAGGCUGGACUGGGACUCAUCGAAGCCUACUUCUGCCUUCCCAAGGGCUGGUAUUAAAGGCUUGUCUCACUGCACCCGGAACCAUGAGUGAAGCCCGACGAGACAGUACUAGCAGUCUGCAACGCAAGAAACCCCCAUGGCUGAAGUUGGACAUCCCAGCUGCGGUGCCCCCAGCAGCAGAGGAGCACAGCUUCCUGCAGCCCCUGCGGCGACAGGCCUUCUUGCGGAGCGUGAGUAUGCCUGCUGAGACAGCCCGUGUCCCAUCACCCCACCAUGAGCCUCGGCGGCUGGUGCUGCAACGUCAGACCUCCAUCACUCAGACCAUCCGCAGGGGGACAGCAGACUGGUUUGGAGUGAGCAAGGACAGUGACAGCACCCAGAAGUGGCAGCGCAAGAGCAUCCGUCACUGCAGCCAGCGAUAUGGGAAGCUGAAGCCUCAGGUUAUCCGGGAACUGGACCUGCCCAGCCAGGACAAUGUGUCGCUGACCAGCACGGAGACACCGCCUCCACUCUAUGUGGGGCCAUGCCAGCUGGGCAUGCAGAAGAUCAUAGACCCUCUGGCCCGAGGCCGGGCCUUCCGCAUGGCUGAUGACACUGCCGAUGGCCUGAGUGUCCCCCACACUCCUGUCACGCCAGGUGCCGCCUCCCUCUGCUCCUUCUCCAGCUCCCGCUCAGGUUUCAACCGGCUCCCUCGGCGUCGCAAACGUGAAUCAGUGGCCAAGAUGAGCUUCCGGGCCGCUGCAGCACUGGUGAAGGGUCGGUCUAUUAGGGAUGGCACUUUACGGAGGGGACAGCGCCGAAGCUUUACUCCUGCCAGCUUCCUGGAGGAAGACAUGGUGGACUUCCCUGAUGAGUUGGAUACAUCUUUCUUUGCCCGGGAAGGUGUCCUCCAUGAGGAGCUGUCCACAUACCCAGAUGAGGUGUUUGAAUCCCCAUCAGAGGCAGCGCUCAAGGACUGGGAGAAAGCCCCGGAUCAGGCCGACCUUACGGGUGGGGCCCUGGACCGCAGUGAGCUUGAGCGAAGCCACUUGAUGUUGCCCUUGGAGCGAGGCUGGCGGAAGCAGAAGGAAGGCGGCCCGCUAGCCCCGCAGCCCAAGGUUCGGCUCCGCCAGGAGGUGGUCAGUGCAGCAGGACCCAGGAGGGGUCAGCGUAUUGCUGUGCCAGUGCGCAAGCUCUUCGCCCGGGAAAAGCGGCCAUACGGUCUGGGGAUGGUGGGACGGCUCACCAACCGCACGUACCGGAAACGCAUUGACAGCUAUGUCAAGCGGCAGAUCGAAGACAUGGAUGAUCACAGGCCCUUCUUCACUUACUGGCUCACCUUUGUGCACUCACUGGUCACCAUUCUGGCUGUGUGCAUCUAUGGCAUCGCGCCUGUGGGCUUCUCGCAGCAUGAGACGGUGGACUCGGUACUUCGGAAGCGGGGUGUCUAUGAGAAUGUCAAAUACGUCCAGCAGGAGAACUUCUGGAUUGGCCCCAGCUCGGAGGCCCUCAUUCACCUGGGCGCCAAGUUCUCACCCUGCAUGCGCCAGGACCCACAGGUGCACAGCUUCAUCCUUGCUGCCCGGGAGCGUGAAAAGCACUCAGCUUGCUGUGUACGCAAUGACCGGUCUGGCUGCGUGCAGACUUCGAAGGAGGAGUGCUCGUCUACACUGGCAGUGUGGGUGAAGUGGCCCGUUCAUCCUAGUGCCCCAGACCUUGCAGGCAACAAGAGGCAAUUUGGUUCUGUCUGCCACCAGGACCCCAGGGUGUGUGACGAGCCUUCCUCGGAGGAUCCCCACGAGUGGCCAGAAGAUAUCACCAAGUGGCCGAUCUGCACCAAAAACAGCGCAGGCAACCGUACUAACCACCCUCACAUGGACUGUGUCAUAACAGGCAGGCCCUGCUGCAUUGGCACCAAGGGCAGGUGUGAGAUCACCUCCCGGGAGUACUGUGACUUCAUGAGGGGCUACUUCCAUGAGGAGGCCACACUCUGCUCUCAGGUCCACUGCAUGGACGAUGUCUGUGGCCUCCUGCCUUUCCUCAAUCCCGAGGUGCCUGACCAGUUCUACCGCCUGUGGCUGUCCCUCUUCCUGCACGCUGGGAUCCUGCACUGUUUGGUGUCCGUCGGCUUCCAGAUGACGGUCCUAAGGGACCUGGAGAAGCUGGCAGGCUGGCACCGCAUAGCCAUCAUCUACCUGCUGAGUGGUAUCACUGGCAAUCUAGCCAGUGCCAUCUUUCUGCCAUACCGGGCAGAGGUAGGUCCAGCCGGCUCCCAGUUUGGUAUUCUGGCCUGCCUCUUCGUGGAGCUGUUCCAGAGCUGGCAGAUCCUGGCCCGACCCUGGCGUGCCUUCUUCAAGCUCCUGGCUGUGGUGCUCUUCCUCUUCGCCUUUGGGCUGCUGCCCUGGAUCGAUAACUUCGCCCACAUCUCCGGCUUUGUCAGCGGCCUCUUCCUUUCCUUUGCCUUCUUGCCUUACAUCAGCUUUGGCAAGUUCGACCUGUACCGCAAGCGCUGCCAGAUCAUCAUCUUCCAGGUUGUCUUCCUGGGCCUGCUGGCUGGCCUGGUGGUACUCUUCUACUUCUAUCCAGUGCGCUGUGAAUGGUGCGAGUUCCUCACCUGCAUCCCUUUCACAGACAAGUUCUGUGAGAAGUACGAGCUGGAUGCUCAGCUCCACUGAAACAGCUGUGGACAUGCCAGGCCGCCAUGGCCUCCCGGGGCCGAACAGACGGGUGCUUCCUGAACAGACCUCUCGUGCCUUGCUCACUCCGGCUGAACCCUUACACUGCUGGACAUUUAUUACAUGAGUUCCCAUGAUAACCUUCUAACUAGUCCCCCGACAACCACCUCAUGUGGUCAAUAAAUGGACUGGGAGCGUUUUAGCUGCCACUAACUUGACAA